UUAUAGCUGAUUGGGUAUCCCAGAAGCCAACUCUUUCAGGGUAAGAUGCCAGGAGACGUUGGGCGGUGAAGCAUCAUUGGGCGCAUGUUAUCGGCAACCCGCCGGCUUUGCGUCAUAAGAGGUCCAGCUUCUCCUGUUCGUAAGCUUCAUGCACUCGUCUCUGGUAUUGCUUUUUCCUUUGUGGUUUUUCCAUUUAUCAAAGAACACGUAGACAAUUAACCGCGAAAGAGAGAGAAAAGACCCUGUAACUUGACUCUCGCAAGUAUCAUGGCUGAACCCGUCAAUACACCAAUGCCCACAGCCCCGGGCACACCCAUAAGUGCGACCCCCCGGUCAACUUCCCCCGCACCAGGAGGGCCGCCGCCACUGCCGCCACUGCCCGCCAUAUCGCCGCCCACACCAGCCCCUGGGGGUCCGAAGCCCAUCGUCCUCCACAUCGGCGACCCGAUCAAGUACAACCCGGAGACCUACUCGCAGUUCUCCACCCUCUUCACCGUGGUACGGCCCCCGACGGCGGAACGGCAGCGCCCGGCCUUCAUCCAGGCCCUGCGGUCACGGAAAUGGGGCAACUUCCACGCCAUCUUCCGGCCCUUCUGGGGCACGGGCGGCGAGAUGGGCAGGUGGGACGAGGAGCUCAUCUCCCUGCUGCCGCCCACGGUGCAAGUCUUCGCGAGCGCGGGCGCGGGCUUCGACUGGGCCGACACGCGGCUCUUGGGCGAGAGGGGCAUAGUGUACUGCAACGGGGGGCUGGCGGCGGCCGAGGCCGUGGCUGAUUUCGCGGUGGCAUCGAUCAUCUCGACGUUCCGGGUGCUCCCGUACUGUAUUUCUUCUGCGGCGUCGGGGAACCGGCAGAUGUUUAACGAGUGUCACGAGACCGCGACGGGCCGGAGUCGGAAUCUGAGGACGCAGAGCCUGGGCCUGAUAGGUCUGGGGAACAUCGGGCAGCAGCUUGCGAAGAAGAUGGGGUUGGCGUUCGAUAUGGAGGUGUUGUACUAUGAUAUUGAGCGCAAGUCACCGGAGCUGGAGCAGCAACUCAGGGUGAAAUUCUGUCGGAACUUGGAGGAGCUGUGUCGGAAGAGUGACUGUGUUGUCCUCUGUACACCUUCGGGGGAUGGUACGCUCAUCAAUGAGGAUAGUCUCAAGUGGUUCAAACUUGGGUCACGGUUUGUGAAUAUUGCGCGGGGAAGUCUGGUGGAUGAGGAGGCACUGGCCAACGCCUUGGAGCAAGGCCGGCUCAGCAGUGCUGCGCUGGACGUUCACGCGGACGAGCCGAUGGUGCACGAGAGACUCCGAUCAUUGGCGGGUGACCAAUUACUGCUGACUUGCCACAACGCGGGAGGCACGGUUGAAACGCACAUCGGUUUUGAGGAACUGGCAAUGCGAAACAUUAUGGCAGUAUUGGGGCGAAAGCACCCGAUUACGCCAGUCAAUAUUCGGUGGCUGAGAAUUACACCAGAUAACUUGCAAUGGCUCAAAAUCGGUUGAUUGAGGUUGAAAAGCAGUUUCAUGUCACUGGAUCUGAACGACAAGAUCGGGAUGUAAUAGAUGUUCGAAGCAGGUGUAUAUAUUCAAAGAUUCGCCAGUUCACAGUUCAAACCCGCUAUUUG